AUGUUGGUGAGUAGCAACAUCAACUGCUACUCACCAACAUCAGCACCUGAUGAAUCCGAAUUGGAUGUGUUUUAUGAAGAGCUGGAGGAAGUGAUCCGCGACGAGAAAUCCUUCUACAAAUUCGUUGACGGGGACUUCAACGCAAAACUAGGGAAAGCAACAGAAGAGGAAUACAGGCCAAUUGUUCUAACCUUCGUCAACUAUGAGAAAGCCUUCGACAGCGUAGAAACGAAUGGAAUACUGUCAGCUCUUGUCGACCAAGGUGUGGACGCAUCGUAUGUGAAGAUAUUAACAAAUUGCUACGAUCGAUGCACCACUACGAUACAACUUUUCCACCGCCCCCUCACCAUUGGAAAGGGGGUACGAGAAGGCGAUACUAUAUCGCCGAAACUGUUCAUGGCUGCAUUGCAGUGGAUAAUGGAAUCACUUUCUUGCGAAGAAAAGGCAUUCGUGUAUUGA